AUGUCGGUGCUGGAGCUAACACAGCCGCUAAACUCACACGACAAGAACGUAUCCCCGUAUGACACCAACACCAACCUGACAACGGACCCCACACCUUGCCAAGGCAUCAAAUGCUACCCCGAUGUGGUCUUCCACACUGCCACGGGCAUCACCGUCGUCCUGACGGUCUUCGGUACAGUCGGCAACAUCCUCACCGUUCUGGCCAUUCUCACCAGCCGUCUGCGAAACAACAUCAACAGCAUCCUCAUCUGCAACCUAAGCAUUGCUGAUGCUUUGGCUUUCUAUAACCGAGACUGGAUCUUUCAUGACACACUGUGUGAGCUACAGGGUGCUCUUCGCAUCUGGCUCAUUGGCGUCAACAUGCUUUUACUCAGCGGUAUCGCCUUUUACAGGUUUCUCCACGUGGUACAUCCCCAAAGUCAGUCACGCUAUUCAAAGACGGGCUGGUUCGUUUCUGUCUGCAUCGUGUGCUGGGCAUUGCCGUUUGUUGUCUGCAUAUGCCCAGUCGCUGGUUGGUGGGGAUCCGUUCACUUCGAAGAAAGGAUCCUCCAAUGCACAUUCGACUCCACCACAGACAAAGCCUACAAAAUCACAACUAUUACCACCGGCUAUUUCGUUCCGUGUACUUUCAUCUGCGUCUGCUACGCCCGCAUCGGCUGUGUCGUCUUUGGCUCCAGACAGAAGACUUCACGAGGAAGCUUGUACCGGAAACAGAAAGCCCGCCGCGAGUCUUUCAGGCUCACGGGCAUGAUGGCGUUGAUCUUCUUCGGGUUCUUGGUCGGCACCACGCCGUUCUUCAUUAUCAACACAGUUGACUCCAAACUGCGAUACCCGAUGCCACAUAUCUGGGCACCGUUUCUAUCUUGGACAAUGUACGGACUAAACCCUAUCAUUUACACUGUCAUGGACACGAAUUUUCAGCGAGCUUACCACAGACUUCUGCUGUGUAAGAUCUUUAAACAGGACACUACAAAUGAGGUCAGCAUUCAGGACAGAAAAAGCUCAGUAAUAUCAGCAAAGAACGGUAAAAGCAAUCCUUGA